CAUUGGCCUGAAUGUUGCUAGCGUUGAUUUGCUACUUCGCCAAGAUGUUAUUGCCUUUAAUUGUUGAGUUAUUGUGGAUAUGUGGAUAUUUUAAUGUGUCUUUUCAUUAGAGAGUGGUUGUUUUCUACCACUGCCUGUAAUUUAGUUUAAAGGAGUAGAAAAUAGCUCCGACGCUGAACUGUGAGAUGUUUACUGGCUCCACCGUAGCUGCUCUCCUGUUCGCCUUUUCCCUGCUGGCUUUUUUAUACAACAACAACUGGCCCAGACUCGGGUCCGGACUGGUUCGGUCGGGUCGUGAUGAGCAACGUGAGAUUAAAGCACCUGAGCGGUCUGUUAAUGAGGCAGCAGCGCGACGAAACACUGCCGGAUCUGCUGUGCGUUCAGAAAAAGUUGGUAUUUCCGGAGACCGUGAAUGCACCGCGGCCCCAGAGGCUCGGUUCGACUGUGCCAGAGACCGAACCCUGACCCGGGGGGAGUGUGAGGAGAGGGGGUGCUGCUACGGCCCUCUGUCCGGCUCUGCAGGCCCACCCUGGUGCUUCUACCCCAGGUCUUACCCCGGCUACACCAUGGGGCCCCUCAGUCCCACCACCAGGGGCCAAACUGCCACUUUAACCCGGAAAAAGCCCUCAUAUCUCCCCAAAGACAUCUCCAGUCUGAGGCUGGAGGUAAUAGAGGAGACCACAGGCUGCCUGCACCUCACUUUGAAGGAUGCAUCAUCUCAGCGGUAUGAAGUUCAUCUUCCAGGUGGGAUUCCUGAGAGCAGCGCCGAUAAUCAGAGUGUCUUCUACGCCGCUGAGUACCAGUCGGACCCGUUCGGCUUCAUAGUGCGACGGAGAUCUAAUGGAAGAGUGAUCAUGAACACCACAGUAGCUCCUCUGCUGUUUGCCGACCAGUACCUGCAGAUGUCGACGUCUCUGGCCUCCUCCCUGGUGUCUGGCCUCGGAGAACAUUACACCUCCAUCCUCCUGGACCUCAACUGGACUUCUCUGACCCUCUGGAACAGAGACAUGGCGCCUCAUGCUGACGCUAACCUCUAUGGCGCGCAUCCAUUUUACAUCGUACAGGAAGAGGACGGCUUCGCUCACGGAGUUUUCCUUCUCAACAGCAAUGCGAUUGAGGUGAUGCUGCAGCCGACUCCUGCUCUGACGUGGGUCUCCACCGGUGGGAUCCUGGAUCUCUACGUUUUCUUGGGCCCUGAUCCGCAGAGCGUCAUACGACAGUAUCUCCACAUCAUCGGAUAUCCCAUGAUGCCUCCCUACUGGUCACUGGGCUUCCACCUGUGUCGCUGGGGUUACACGACGUCCAAAACGACAAGGAGAGUUGCACAAAGCAUGCACGAUGCCAACUUCCCCCUGGACGUGCAGUGGAACGACCUGGACUACGCCAAUAAGCGGCGGGUGUUCACCUUCGACCCCUGGCGGUUCGGAGACCUCCCAGAGAUAGUGGACGAGUUUCAUCAGAGGGGAAUGAAGUACAUCCUGAUUCUGGAUCCGGGGAUCAGCAGCUCCAGCCUCCCUGGAACUUACCCUCCGUUUGAUGACGGACUGAAGCGAGAUGUGUUUAUCAAAAACGCUACAGGACACGUUCUAAUAGGGAAGGUCUGGCCUGGUCCGACCGCCUUCCCAGACUUCACCAACCCGGAGACGAGGACGUGGUGGGAGGACUGCAUCAGAGACUUUCAUUCUAAAGUUCCUGUGGACGGUCUGUGGAUUGAUAUGAAUGAGCCGGCCAGCUUCGUGCAGGGAUCAGUGGAGGGUUGUCCUGACAGCGAUCUUGAAAAUCCACCCUACACACCCAGAGUGGUCGGAGGUCGGCUGAACUCAGGAACUCUCUGCAUGUCGGCUCAGCAGAAGCUUUCCUCCCACUACAACCUCCACAACCUCUAUGGACUCACAGAAGCUUAUGCCACGCACAGUGCUCUUAAAAACAUAAGGAGGAAGCGACCGUUCGUUUUGUCUCGCUCCUCGUAUCCCAGCAUCGGACGCUUCUCUGGAGUUUGGACCGGAGACGUCAGGAGUGACUGGGAGCAGCUUCGGUUCUCCAUUCCUGCGGUGCUUCAGUUCGGCCUGUUCGGGGUUCCUCUGGUGGGAGCAGACGUCUGUGGAUUUGGAGGCGACACCACUGAGGAGUUGUGUAUUCGCUGGAUGCAGCUCGGCGCCUUUUACCCCUUUAUGAGGAACCACAAUGACAAACCAAACGCUCCUCAGGAGCCUUAUGUGUUUGGGCAGAAAGCCCAGGCAGCCAUGCGGACGGCGUUGAACCUCCGUUACUCCCUGCUGCCGUUCCUCUACACCCUCUUCCAUCAUACACACACUUCUGCUGACACCGUGGCCCGGCCUCUCUUCAUCGAGUUUCCGACUGACCCCAACUGUCAGAGCAUCGACAAACAGUUCUUAUGGGGGAGUUUGCUUCUCAUUAGUCCAGUUUUAGAGGAAGGGGCAGUAGAGCUGGCUGCUUACUUGCCCCGUGGCACCUGGUACAGUCUGCACGAUGGUCAACCUUUCUACAGUGGUGGUCAGUAUUUGCUCCUUCCAGCUCCUCUGGACAUCAUUAAUAUUCACGUGAGGGAGGGACACAUUAUCCCUCAACAGGAGCCUGCUUUGACCACCACAGCCUCCCGCAGGAACCCUUUCUUCCUGACGGUGGCGCUGUCAGCAGGCGGCUGGGCCCGGGGCGACUUGUUCUGGGACGACGGCGAAAGUCUCGACACAUUUGAGACGCAAAAUUACUGCUACCUUAUCUUCAUUGCUGGACAGUCUCAGAUAGUUAGCGAACUGGUAAAACUGAACGGAGACCUGGACGGUCUGGUGCUGGGAGGCCUGCAGGUGUUCGGGGUUCCUUCACCUCCUCGCUUUGUUUUAGCAAACGGGGAGAAAGUCGGAGAUUUUACGUAUCGAACCGACACCAAGGUUUUGACAGUAACUAAGCUGGCCUUAUCCAUGUCAGAGGUGUUUACAGUCCAGUGGACUCUCUGAUACUCUGAGUUUCUUCACACUUGGAUGUUAAGACGUCUUCUGGACUGAAAAGAUUGUUUGCAUUCUUCUGCAGUGACUCCAACAGAUAUCUCUACAGAAGAAGAUAUCUCUUCUGUCUCUCUCAACCCGCCCGGCCAGCAGGCAGAUAGGUUCCCCCACAUUAGAGCCGGGUUCUGCUCAAGGUUUUUUCCCUGUUAAAAGGGUGUUUUCCUUGCCACUGUCGCCUUUUGGCUUGCUCUGGGGGUUCAGGCAUAUGGGUUCUGGAAAGCGUCUCGAGACAAUUUGACUGUAAUUGGCGCUAUAUAAAUAAAAUUGAAUUGAAUUGAAUUGAAUUGAAUUGAAUUGAAUUGAAUUGAAUUGAAUUGAAUUGAAUUGAAUUGAAUUGAAUUGAAUUACAGCUACGUCAGAGCUCAUUUAUGCACCUUACGCCUGUUCCUUCAAGCUCUGCAAGCAGCUGGUUUGUAAAAAUAAGGAGAGUUUCAGACCAGAGGAGCCGUCAUUUUGAUGUCUGGUUUGUUUCAGCUGCUGUCUGCUGCACUGAAUCCCAACACUUUGAUGCCUUUGAAUGUAUAUAAUUUCAUAAUGUAUUUUAUUUGUUUGCAUUUCUUAAAAAUUUUGGAGAUAUUUUUCUAAAAUGUGAAUAAAAAUAGUGAUAAAGUUUCUCAUUUAA